UUGAUGAAGGGAAGGGAAGAACUACAAAAUGGGAGGCGAAAAGAAGGUCGGAAAAUCUCCCUUUUUCCAUUUCAUGUCUCCACGUUGAAUCAGGAAAGACAGAGAGACCGCCCUUUCUCUCCCGUUUGCUAGGAAACUUCGAAGUUUUCUAGCUGCUGUGUGGAGAGAGAGAGAGAGUUGCGUCCAGGAUGCUGGGAACGACCGGGUAUGCAGCCCUCUCUCUCUCCAUUUUGUUCUACCUUCUCCAAACACCAAUUUGGUGACCAUGGUCGUGCUCGGAUAUCCCUGAAGAAGAAAGGCAUGCUCCCUCUCUCUCUCUGAUGAUGCUAAGACCAAAACAGGUUGUCCCCAUUUGCAAGUGUGCAAGGUCUUUUAUUCUUGCUGGUUCAAGAAGUAACAACCAGGAUGGUAGUGCAUCUAGUUGUUCUGAUGAGGAGAAGUGCACCUCAGAAAAGCAUUCUAAGAAAUCACAUGCUUAUUUUUCAAGAGACUUUUCCACCUUGAUAUCUUCCACUAAAGGAGCAUCUCCAACAAGGCCACGUGUUGUUUCUGGUAAUGGAACAGCCAAAAGAGAUGCCCAUCCAGCUCCUUUGCCUCACGUUGACCUUGUUUCGGGUUCAGAACUGGACAAAAGUCUUGUUUCACAUGGCAAGGCACAAGAUUAUGGGCAAGAUGAGAGUCAUUCUCAGACGUUAUUCACUGAGCAGAUCAUCAAGGCAGGUGUUGCAACUGUGGGCUUUAUCUCAGACAUAGUGCAGUACUUUCCCACUUCAAAUAUAAAUGCUUUAAAUGUCAUACCUCAGAAUUUCAUGGUUGACCCAGGGAAGUCCAGUGGAAAAUUGUCAAAGAGCAAGACUACAAAAAUAACUAAUCCUACUCAAGGGCACGACAAGUCAUCUAUUGAUAAGGGGCCAAAAACUACUGUUUAUGCUCAUCAUGAUUGCAGUCAGCCUGCAAAACCGCAUUCCAGAAAGGGAGCACAAAAUCUUGAAGCCAAUUCUGCCAAAGCGCAUUCUGAGAUCCCUGGUCCAUCGUCCUCAUAUCCUCAAUAUCUUGAAGCCAAUUCUGCCAAAGCGCAUUCUGAGAUCCCUGGUCCAUCGUCCUCAUGUCCUCAAUAUGAGCGUAAAUGUAUACCACAGGGAUCAAAAUCUUACCUUGAUAGGAGACAGGGCAAUCCGAAAUUUUUCAGUGGGAAAGAGAAGAUACCUCAAAAAAGAGAAACAGGAAAACUUCAAGGUACUGCAUCUGUUGAUAACUUUUGCAGAAACCCCUUGGCUUCAAAGAGCACAAGUAUGGGGCCAGCCUCUUGGGCCAGGCAGGGAAGUUUUCCAAAUGAUGCAGCGAAAGGAGCUGAAGGUACUGUCUACAACACACUGAGACAUCUCAAAUGGUGGGGACGUGCAGCAGAAUCUUCUCUUAGGAACCUGAAUUGCAACAUGAAUGCCUACCAAGCAAAUCAACUAUUGAAGUUGCUGAAAAACCAUUCAGUGGCUCUUGGCUUUUUCUAUUGGUUGAAACGUCAGCCAGGUUAUAAGCAUGACAGCCACUGCUACACCACAAUGAUUGGCAUUCUGGGAAAUGCUCAGCAAUUUGCAAUGAUAACUAGGUUGCUUGAUGAGAUGGUGAGAGAUGGGUGUCAACCAAACGUGGUCACGUAUAAUCGUCUGAUUCACAGUUAUGGGAGAGCUAGUCUUCUCCCUGAGGCUGUCAACCUCUUCUACAAGAUGCAGAAGGCUGGUUGUGAGCCUGACAGGGUCACAUACUGCACCCUCAUUGACAUCCAUGCAAAAUCUGGCCUUUUUGAUGUUGCAAUGGAUAUGUACCACAGGAUGCUUGAAGUGGGCCUCACACCAGAUACAUUUACAUAUGGCGUGAUCAUCAACUGCCUUGGAAAAGCUGGCCAUCUGGCCCCUGCGUAUAGGCUCUUCUGUGAGAUGGUUGCAAGUGGAUGUGUACCUAAUAUAAUUACUUAUAAUAUCAUGAUAACCCUGCAUGCAAAGGCAAGAAAUUUCUCUACUGCAUUGAAACUUUACCAAGAUAUGCAAAAUGCCGGUUUCCAUCCUGAUAACGUGACAUACAAUAUCAUUAUGGAGGUGCUUGGUCAUUGUGGGCAUCUGGACCAAGCUGAAGCAGUUUUUGAACAGAUGAAGAGGCAGAAUUUGGUCCCAGAUGAGCCGGUUUAUGGUCUUCUAAUUGAUCUGUGGGGCAAGGCGGGGAAUAUUUUGAAGGCUCAGAGAUGGUAUCAGUCUAUGCUGGAUGCUGGCUUGAAGCCAAAUGUCCCAACAUGCAACUCUUUGCUAAGCGCAUUUCUUAGACUCCACUUGUUUGCCGAUGCGUACAAGGUGCUGCAGUCGAUGAUGAGCUUAGGACUUAAUCCUUCGUCGCAAACUUAUACUUUGUUGCUUAGCUGCUGCACUGCAGACACAUCAUCACGUGAGGUUAUGUUCUCCUGCCAUGAGCUUAUGUCAGUGACUGGUCAUCCUGCACAUUCUUUCUUGUCUACCAUGCCAUCAGCUGGGCCUGAUGGCCAAAAUGUGCGCGACCAUGCAACCAAGUUUUUGGAUUUGAUGCAUAAAGAGGACAGAGAGAGCAAGAGGGGUCUUGUGGAUGCUGUUAUAGACUUCCUCCAUAAGUUUGAUCUUAAGGAGGAGGCUGGUUCUGUUUGGGAUGUUGCAUCACUCAAUGUCUAUCCUCAUGCAGUGACAGAGAAGCAGCAGUCUUAUUGGCUCAUCAAUUUGCACUUUAUGUCCAAUGGGACUGCGGUUGUGGCUGUGUCAAGAACUUUGGCCUGGUUCAGAAAGCAGAUGCUUGCAUCUGGUGGUCUGUCACCUGACCGCAUUGACAUUGUUACUGGCUGGGGAAGGCGCAGCAGGGUCACUGGAACGUCUCUUGUGAGGCAGUCUGUGUAUGAUCUACUUCAAAUAUUUGGAUUUCCUUUUGUUACUGAAAAUGGUAAUUGCGGCUGUUUUGUAGGGUAUGGAGAGCCUCUCAACAAUUGGUUGCAUAAUUCUUAUGUGGAACGGAUGCACCUUAUAUAAGCUUAUUUAUUAGGCAGCCUUUUUUUGAUGAACUGUAUUUGCUGGUGUGGCUUCUCUUGCAUAUAAAACAUUUGCAGUCUAAAAUCCGUUCUGUUUAUUGAGUACUAACUUGGGGAUUGCAGUGUUUGUCAAGGCUAUAAAAGUUAAUAUUGUUGUCA